AUGACGAUGAGAGAUGCCCCCGAUCCCCGUAUUCACUCGCUAUACAUACUGCUUUGGCAGACCACCAUGGAGUCCCCAGCCACUCAGGUCGCGUCUACACUCCCUUGCUGCCGCAUCAGUCGAGUGUGCCGUCUCCAAUAUCGACCCGCAUGACGAUCGAGCCGAGCUUGUGCGGCAUUUUCCGGGUGCGAGAUGACGGGGCCGUGGCAUCUCGCGGCGAGGAAUUGUCAUUGUUGCAGCUAGAC